AUUCCACUUCUAAAAAUCUAACAAAAAUAAUUGCACAUGUACGCAAAUAAAUGUAUAAGGAUAUUCAUUUUGUAAUUGUGACAGCAAAAUAUAGAAACAAUAUGUCCAAUAAUAAAGAAUUAAUAAAUUAUGACAUGUCCAUACUUAUGAAUACUGUGCAACUAUAAAAAGGGGGAAGAUCUCUAUGUAUUAACUUGGAAAAGUCUCCAACACAUAUUGUUAGUUAAAUAAAGCAGAAAAUAUGUAUAGUUUUAAGACAUUAAUGCAAACAAAUAGUUCUGUAUGAUGUAUAUAUGUGUAUAUGUAAUAUAUAUAACCAUGUGCAUGUAUACAUAUUUAUAUAUAUGAAAAGAUCUGGAAGAAUCACACAUCUAUUAACAGAGAGAAAGAUAACCUUUCAAAGAAAGAACUGGGCUAAAAGAAAUGGGAUUUUUUUACUCUACAGUUUUAUAUUGUUUGAAAUUUUUAAAUACAAGAAUGUAUUUAUGUACUACUUACGUAAUAAUUUUUAAAGUAAAUCUCAGCAGUAAUAUGAAUAAUUUUGGAUUUUAAACAGUAAUGAGAUGUUAAGUAGGGAAUGAUAUUUACAUAUUUUUUUAAUGCUUAAAUAUUACCCUGAUUCUCUGGUUAAUUGUGAAUACCAAAUACCUGUAUUUUGUAUGUUGACCAGUGAAAAAGAACAUGGACCAGAAAAUAUAAGAGGAAUGAAUCUAUAUCCCAAAGGCCACAUUACAAACCAACGGAGCAAAAAAAUGACAAGAUUUGAUUAAUCAAAAAGUGAAUAAUAAAAUUAGAGCUUUAUCACAAAGAGUAAUGAAUCAAGGACUUUAAAUGUCUUGGGUACCAGAAGUGGAAUUUGUAAGGAGGGAUAAAGCUGCCAGAGUCAUUCAGAAUGCCUGGAAAAGUUUUCUCAAUGUCACUGUAUUCCAACACUUUAAAAGUCUGAUUAAUAUAAGAAGACAAGGGGAACCACGUCAGAUAGUAAGGUAUUUUAAUCCUAAAGAGGCAGAGCUCCUAGAUGCUGCUGCUGGCAUUCAUGUACGGUUCAGAUUAGGUGGUGUUAAAUUUCCACCUGACAUAUACUAUAAAAUUUUUACUGAGAGACAUGUUGAAGAUCUGUGUGCUAACAGCCCUAGAGAUUACACAAAACUUUCAGCAAAAUAUGCAUCUCCUGUUAAAAGUGACAACCUUCAGGAAGAGGACCGUAGGGGCUGGUAUCUCCGUACAGAGAACAAUGGCUGGAGGCUCGUUUCUGACAGAUUUUGGGUGCCUUCUGAAGAUAUAAUUGUGGAAGACAAAAAGAAAAGCAAAUUUCAUUUCUCUAAACUGAAGAGACGACAAGAUAUGGCAAAGAAAAGAAAAAUUAGAAAAAUAGAAUGGAUGAGGCAAAUGUACUAUGCAGGACACCUGGAGUCCAAGUCAACAAAUCAGAAAACUCUACGUUUAAUCCACACAGCGACGAAAGGGCUAAUACGCUGUAUUGAAGAUAGUGGAAUAGAUUCUGUGAUGGAGUGGGAAGUGGAUGAAGUGCUGAACUGGACAAAUACACUGAACUUUGAUGAGUAUGUUGCCAACUGGAAGGAAAUUGCUACAAGCAACUCUUCAGCUAACUUCAGAAGUUUCAGGUUUGAACAAGAACAGAAAAAAUUAUAUGGCUGUGCAGCUAUAUCAGAAGAGGACAUGGGAAUAACAGAAAAUGCUUCGUCUGAAAAUAUUUAUGAAGAACCACAUGUCACUAGACUAACACCGGAUUCCCCUUAUGGAAUAUAAACGUGAAGUAUUCUUUUCUUUUUUAAGCCACAGCCCUUCAAACCCUGAUUGCAGCAGCUAUAGUAGAGUUUAUUCUGACUAUAAUGACAUACAGUCUCAGCACAGGAGCUACCUAAUUAAGGAAGAUUAAAUAGAAGUAAAAGAUCGGGCUGAAUACAGCAGUCAUAGAAAAUGUAGAAAUUAUUCUUGGUAUUCUGAAAAUUGUAAUAUUCUAACAAUCACACUUAAAUAAAGAUACACUUAGUUGCAAACAAA